AUGCAUGGGCUGAAAGGGCCUAAACCUAAUGUUUGUACUUUGUCUGGGAAAGAGAUAUGCAAUUAUCUAUCCUUAAAGGCUUCGGUGUUUGCGAAACUCAGGGAUAUUAGGUUGAUUCAAAUUUUGUUUGUGUUAUUGAAAGAAGAAGGUUUUGAUGAUCUUAAAAUCAAGUAUGUUGCUAGUGAUUGGGUAUAUUUGACUUUUUUGUCUGAAGAGGUUUGCGCCAGUUCAACAGGGUGGGGUAGUGGGGGUGGGGCUUCAGAAUCUUUAUCUCAACCUCCAGGGCUCCAGCGUGAGAAGCUACAUGGGGAUUUUAAUCUUAAUGCCUCGGCUUCGAGAUCCUCUGGUUCACAUGUUUCUUCUACGUUGUUAAAGAAGAGAGUUCUGAUGGGUGUAGAAGAUUUUGAGGAUGUCUUGAAACAAUACUUUGAAAUGGAUGAUCUUCUUGGGUAUGACAUGAAAUCUCAUAAGGAUAAGGUUUCUAAAAUCUUGUCUAGCGUUGGUGUGGUAGAAGUGGAUAGAUGA